GUCCAAUAAUGGUGCCUUAUUUCUCUAACAAAGCUAUAAGCUCUUUCCCAAGAACUCCUCCUGAAGUGAACUGAAGUGCUUUUAUAAUAUUCUUUGCCAUCUCUACGGGUCUUAUGUUUAUGGCAUUGCUCUAAAUUAGGAACAAGCAAGCAAUGUCUCAUCGGAAGUUUUCUGCCCCCCGACAUGGAUCCUUGGGAUUUAUUCCUAAGAAAAGAAGUAAGAGGCAUCGUGGUAAGGUGAAGGCUUUUCCCAAGGAUGAUCCAUCAAAACCUGUACAUUUAACUGCCUUCAUUGGAUACAAGGCUGGUAUGACUCAUAUUGUACGAGAAGUAGACAAACCUGGUUCAAAGGUUAACAAGAAGGAGGUUGUUGAGCCGGUGACUAUUCUUGAGACUCCACCCAUGAUGGUUGUCGGAGUGGUUGGCUACAUUGAGACACCCAAGGGAUUGAGAGCCUUUAAGACUGUUUGGGCUGAACAUCUCAGUGAAGAUUGUCGAAGAAGAUUCUACAAAAACUGGUAUAAGUCUAAGAAGAAGGCAUUCACAAAAUACUCUAAAAAAUGGGCAGAAGAAGCUGGUAAAGUAGCAAUUGACAAAGAUUUCAAGAAGAUGGCUAAAUACUGCAAAGUUAUUAGAAUCAUUGCCCAUACCCAGAUGAAAUUGAUGAGGAAGCGUCAAAAGAAGGCCCACAUCAUGGAGAUCCAAUUGAAUGGUGGAAGUAUCUAUCAAAAGAUCAAAUGGGCUCGUGAGCAUUUGGAAAAACCUGUUCCCUUGAGCCAAGUAUUUGCUCAGGAUGAGAUGAUUGACGUUAUUGGAGUAACUAAAGGAAAGGGAUUCAAAGGUGUAACAAGUAGGUGGCAUACAAAGAAGCUGCCCCGCAAGACUCACAAGGGUUUGCGUAAGGUUGCCUGUAUCGGAGCUUGGCAUCCUAGUAGAGUUCAGUUCUCUGUUGCGAGAGCUGGACAGAAAGGUUAUCACCAUAGGACUGAAAUCAAUAAAAAGAUCUAUAGAAUAGCACAGGGUGUUCACACUAAGGACGGAAAAGUCAUAAAAAAUAAUGCUGCCACUGAGUAUGAUUUAACCGAAAAGACUAUUACGCCAAUGGGUGGUUUCCCUCAUUAUGGUGAAGUAAAUUGUGAUUAUCUGAUGUUGAAAGGGUGCAUUAUGGGGCCUAAGAAGCGAGUCAUCACCCUCAGGAAGUCUCUACUCAUUCACACCAAGAGGGCUGCCAUGGAGAAGAUUAAUUUAAAAUUUAUUGACACUUCCUCUAAAUUCGGACACGGUAGAUUCCAAACACCUGCUGAAAAGCGUACUUAUAUGGGUCCACUCAAAAAGGACAAGGUUAAAGAAGAAGCAGCUGCGUAGAGAGUAUUUUGAAAUAAAAAGUGUAACAAAA